CGAUUAAUCCAUGGACAACUCGUGGGCGGAAGGGUGGGGGAAGGAGGCGUGACUCGAGAUAGAGUUAUCAAAUCACGGCUGAUCAGACAUUUGUCAAGAGAGCGUAAACGAACCUUCAAAACGGUAUUUUUGCGAGGAAGGCCCCUCCUGCGAUAGUUUCCUUGUCUCCCAGGAUCCUCGUCGGCAAAUACGAUGGAGACGUACGAGAGCGUCCUGCUGGUGAAGUCUGAGGUGUUCGUCUUCAAAAUUCCGCCAAGGUCGACCAACAGGGGUUAUCGGGCAGCCGAUUGGAACCUGCAGGAACCCUCCUGGACAGGUCGCAUGCGACUGGUGUCACAGGGUGACAGCAUCACUAUAAAGCUGGAAGACAAGAUCACGGGCGAAUUGUUCGCCAAGUGUCCUAUCGAGCAGUAUCCUGGGAUUGCGGUAGAACCGGUUACCGACUCGUCUCGAUACUUUGUUCUGAGGAUCCAAGACGACAACGGACGGUCGGCGUUCAUAGGUGUCGGCUUCUUAGACAGGUCUGACAGUUUCGAUCUGAAUGUUGCUCUUCAGGAUCAUUUUAAAUGGUUAAAGAAUCGGGACCAGAUCGAGAAAGAGAAGGAGAAGCCAAAACAGGAGUUAGAUCUCAGAUUUAAGGAAGGCGAAACUAUCAAGAUUAACAUGAAGAUUACCAAAAAGGAUGGCAGUGAAGUUACGUCCAAAUCCAGACAACGUUCUAAUCCAGCUGCAGGUCUGCCACCUCCUCCAGGUGGUGUCAAAAUUGCUCCACCACCAGCAAAAACUCCUACUUCUUCACCGGCGCACAAGCCACCACAAAAUCAAAAUCAAGAUGGUACGAGUUCAGAGUGGGGCGAAUAUGCCAGUGCUUCUCAAUCGGCAUCGGCAUCGGCAUCGGCAUCAGCACCAGCACCAGCAUCAGUGGCCAAUGCCAGUUGGGUGCAAUUCUAACUUUUAAAAUAUAUGUAUAUAAUAUUAUACAUAGAUAUUUAUUUCAGUAUAUACAUAUAGUGAUUUUGAAAUGGAUGGUCAAGCUUUAGAGACAUAUUUCUUUUAUUGUAAAGAUUGUUGAAAAUAAAAUUUCAGACUAUUGAAAUCGCUGAAAAAUCUGCUGCUGUUAAUGAAUAUUAUUAAACGUCAUCUUAAUUUUUAAUGCUUAAAAAUAUUUUUUAAUCUGCUAUGAUUUUUUUCUCAAAAUGGCUGGAAUGUAAAGCUUGACCAUUUAUGCCGAAAUCAUUCUUGUAUAUUGAAGUAAAUAAAAUAAUUGAUUAUACACACAUAUGAUAGAUGUAUUAAGUUAGAGAUGUUAAGGUGACUAUUGGAAGGACAUCUUUAUGAAUAAUGGAAAGAGAGUCUGAUGUAUAUUUUCCAAUACUAUAUAGCAUGCAAUGAAAAUUAGAGCAACAUUCAUAAGAGGGAUAUUUUUCCAGUAAAGAGAAGAAAAUUGUUUUGAAUAACUUAUAUCAAGAUUUUAAAAAAUGCUUUAAAAAAUUAAUCAAAUAUACCAUUGAUUAAAAUGAGCGUUUUGAGGUGCGGUUUGCUUUUUUUUGAAAAAAACCAAUUAAUUUAUGUAGAAAAGUUUUUUGAAAAUUAAUUAAUACUUUUUUUGUUCUACAAUAAAAAAUUGCCCUCUUCUCGAUUGUUGAUACAAUUCUCUAGCAUUCUAUAUAAUAGUAUUGUACUUAUAAAUACUAUUUAAAAAUGCAUCUCAAUGGCUUUUGGACAUUCAGUGUAUUUGGAGAUAGCAUAACAUAAUUUUUUGUAUGUAUAAAUAUUGAUAUAUCAAAUGCAUUUAGUGCCUUGUACAAACUAGUCCAAUAAAAAGCAAAUUGAGGUAAGUCGCAAUAGAAAAUAUAUGUAUAUUUGGCACUUGCAGAAAUACGGUAUAACAUUUGAUUUUUCAUCUCGUUUUUAACCUCUUCAAAUAUUGCAUGAUUUUAGUAUGGUUUUGUUAUAAAAAAUAAUUUUUAAUCAUUCAGUAACUAUUUUUUUAUCUAACACAAAAAAACCGUUGAAAACGAAUUAUUCUUAUAUAUCUAUGAAUUUUGCAACAAAAUCUCUUUAUUGCUGUUGAAUUCUUUAUUGUUUGUUAUAAUUUUUCGUGAAUUGAACAUUGGUUGCAAAAUAUCGGUGAGUCGAAUGCUGUCUUCUUAUUAGAUAAUAUCAUCAAUAUAUAUCUUAUUUAUUAAAUGUUAAUAUCAUGAGAAGCAGUAUUAAAUCCUAAGAAAACCUCAAGCCUUCUAGAAGAGACCUAUUUUUAUUAUUUUUUUAGUAAUGAAUUUAUUAAUAUAUGAAUUGAUUAUUUUUAUUUCAGGAUUUUUUAAGAAAACAAUUUUAAAAGGUAUUAACGUAUUUUUUUUACCAAUAAGAUUUGCAAAACUCGAGCAAUUAGAUACAAAGAGAAUAAUUCCCUCAAUUAAAAUUGUUUUAAUAGACAUAACAUUUAUAAAUUUUAUAACAAAAUUUACAUUUUUAAUAUUUAGUUAAUUUUUUAAAUAUAAACUUGUUUUUUUUUAAAUAUUUUCUAUUGUAUAGAUUUUUUUUAUUAAUCGUUCAAGAAAUUAUAUAACAUAUUGCAUAUCCAAUAUAUAAUAACAAUAUAAUAUUUGGCCUCGACCGUUAGCUUGCAACAUUUGUAAAUAUUACAAGGCCUAGUGUAAAAAUAAGGCCUAAUUCCCUCGUACAUUGAGUGUCCACAAAGUUAUUCAUUCAAUUUUAAUACAUCUUUUUAACUAAGUUAGGAUUUUUAUUAAAGAAUUAACAACAAAGUCGUAUACUUUAAAUUUAUAUUCCUUUUUUUCAACUUCAUUUUUUGUCUCACGUGAGUUAAAUGAGAAAUUUCUGCUGGAAAUAAACUUACUCAAGAAAAGAAUCUUUGACGAUAUUACAAAAGAACAUUUUUACAUUUUUAUGAAUUUUAAAAUAUUUUUUAAUCGAUUGAAAGCGAUUAAAAAAUUGUCUAAAAAUGUAUAAUAAAUUCCGUGUUAGGUUUUAUAAUAAUUACUUUUUUUUAUUAAAUAACAAUUAAUGUUAUACUUUUUCUUAUUUUAGAAUUAAACUUUACUUCUCUUUCAAAUCUAUAAGAGAAGUAUUCAUAAAGAAUUAUUUUACAUAUCUCAUAAGCAUUAUGUAUAAUUUAUUAGAAAGAUGUUAUACUGGAAACGUUUCACUACGUGUUUAAAGGAGUAUAUGUAAAACUUUCGAUGUAACAAAAAACAAUUAUCUCUUCGAUGAAAAAAGUAGAAUCUACUAUGCUAUUUAUGACUCGUUACUUAGAUCAUAAAUUGUACAAUGUUAUUUACAUUACCCCGUGCUAAAUUUUAAUGUAAAAUGUAGAAUAACCUUGUUAAACAUUGUUAGUGUGAAUCUUGUUGAAUGACUGUUUAGACGCAAUUUUAUAUUAUAUAUAUUCUUUUUAUUUAUAGGAACUGUCUCAAAAAAGUGCGAAGUGUCAGCGGAGAAUGUGUUAUAAAUUGUUAGCACCGAAUCAGAUUAUUAAUGUUUAAUGUUAAAUGUUAAAAAAUAACUAAGACUUUUACAUAUAUUAUACAUAGCCGAGUCUCUACCAACGUAGAUAAACUUUAAUCUCUGUUUACUUAUUAUAUCAUUCUAGUUUCAAAAAUUAGAAAAAAAUAGAGUGACUUAAACUGAAAUUAAAGUUAAUCUACAUGGUUAAAUGAACUAUAAGAAUUAGAACAACAUAUUGGUUGAUAUUAAGAUAUUUUGUGUACUUAUGGAAAUAAGUAUUAAAAUACAUAAAAUUGUCGAAUCAUUAAUGUCGUAACAAAAUCACUAUAAGUAGAAGAGCUAAAUAUUAUACAUAAAAUCUUUA